AUGCGAGCGGUGAAGAGAAACACAGCAGAAAAGAGAAGAAAACUUAUGGCUUGGGUCUUGAGCCAGGAGGAGAAGUACGCCUUUGUGCGGCAAAUACAAAGACGGCAGCGCUAUAGGGUAAGCAACUUUAUGUAAUUUGUCAUGUAGUUCUACACGUAUUAAAAUAUAAAAAUAAUACAGAAUAUGUAAAAAAUCUAAUAUAAGAUGGGAAGGAUAUACAUUAUGUAUUUAACAACAUACAUGUUGCACACAUAUGUAAAAUUCAAGAAUUACACCUUCUACAUAAAUACUCCUUAUGUUAUUUAUGUUGCUCGCUUUUAUACAUGAUGCUAUUUGUCCAUGUAAAGUAUUUUAUGUUGUAUUAUUAUGUUGUAUUAUUUGUGAUAUGUAACAUCUGUCUUUUUUUUUUUUUUAGAUGCCUCUCCUUUUGUCAAAGCAGCACCGCCGACCAGUCAUUUGGGCUCUCCGCCACGCCAAUGAGUGGUGGGAUGUGACCGUCCCUGGAUUCACACACACACAGUGGGUGCACAAUUUCAGAAUGUCGGAGGAAACAUUUUUAUACCUUUGUGCAAAGCUACGUCCAGCGAUGGAGAAGGAAACCACCAACUUCAGAGUCUGUUUGCCUGUGAGGAAAAGAGUUGCCAUUGCACUGUGGAAGUUGGCUACCAACAGUGAAUACAGAAGUAUAGGUCAUCUUUUUGGUGUCAGUAAAUCAUCAGUGUGCCAGUGUGUACAGGACUUCUGUAAGGCUGUAUGCUCAUUGCUAGCUCCUGAAAUUAUUAAUUUUCCGGACUGGCAAAAGCUUAAAGACAUGGCUGACUACUUUGAGAACAGGUGGGGCCUUCCACAGUGUGUUGGUGCUAUUGAUGGGUCACACAUACCAAUAAUAGCACAACAAGAAUACCACACUGGCUACUUCAACAGAAAAGGCUGGCAUUCCAUCAUCCUCCAAGGAGUAGUGGAUGGAAAAGGACUAUUCUGGAGUGUGAAUGUAGGAAAGCCUGGGAGUUUGCAUGAUGCUCGGGUUCUACGACUGUCCACAUUUUGGGAUUGGGAUGGCCAGGGAGACCUGUAUCCUGUUUGCACUAAGAACAUGGGGGGGGGGGGUGAAUGUUGGCUAUUAUGUGCUCGGGGACUCUGCUUACCCUUUACAAAAUUGGCUCCUGAAACCAUUUCCUGA